AUGGCUGGGAUCAAAAAGUCUACUUCUUACCUUGAUGGGCUUUCUGAGAACCCUGUCUGUCAAGUUGACUGUAUUCUGCCAAUUCUCGCAUUUUCCUUUUCUCCCCAUGCCUACAGUUUUGAUGGGGUGCCUUUUCUCAUGCAUGACUAUGACUUGACAAGAACAACCAAUAUAAAGGAGGUCUUGCCAGAUGCUGCCCGUAAACACCCUUCCUUGUUUCAAUGGAGUUUCCUGACGACUCUGAAUGCAGGCAAAUGGUUUUCAGAUGCAUGGAUCAAACCAUUUUUUCGUAUGAAACCCUUAUCAGAGGAUGAUAAGGAAAGAGCAAGAAAUCAGAGGAUUGCUAAACUAACUGAUUUAUUGGCAAUUGCACAGAAGGAAAAAAAAUUGGUGAUAUUUGAUCUUAAUUCUCCUCCUUCAAGACAUCCUUCCAGAUCAUCAUAUAUCCGCCUUGUAGUAAGAGUGAUCCUUGACUCUAAGAUUGAGCAACAUCUGAUUGCUUGGUUACCAGGUUCUGAGAGAAGGUAUAUCAAGAGCAAAGCUCCUGGUUUUCAGCACGUGGGCACAUUUUAUACCCUUCAGGAACUUGCGGAUGAAAAUAUCACUAGAAUAAAUGUUGACUAUAAGAGGUUGUACUACAAUGGAUUGAGAGAAUAUAAAGCAGCUAACAUCAGCAUCAACUUAUACAUCGUCAAUGAACCUUGGCUCUUCUCAUUGGUCUGGUGCCACAGUAUUCACUCCGUGACCACAGACAACAUUGAAGUCCUGAAUGAGAUGAAUCAGCCUUACUACUUCAUGACACCAAAUUUCUACCUGUUCUUGUGGAUUUUCAUGGAUAUUCUUUCUGCAGUCUUCAUUGUUUCCAUAUUUCAUUUUCAUUGGUGGAGAGAGAGCCAGAGUGAAAAACUUCGCCAGGGUAUCACCAGUUACACAGGUGAAGUCAGAGAAGCUUUAAGUGCAAGCCUCCAAAAUGAAGUAGUAGAAAUUAUGGAUAUCCCUGCACCUUUUCCAGAGAGGGAAAGGGAACCUCCAAGUUCUAAAGCUGUUGUACAAGAGGUUGUCAAUGAAACCACUAUACCAACCGUGCAUCCCACAGAUGACGUUGGACAACCAGUGCCCACUGAGCCAGCCUUUGAACCCAUCCAAGAACCCACUUCGGAAGCCAACAGAGAGGCCACCCUCCAAACUGUAUUGCCUACCUUGGAGGCAAAUGAACCAAUGGUUCCCUCUGUGGAGAAGCCUCCUCCUGAAACAUAA